GCCACCGACAACUCGGACUUCUCCACACCUUUUGCAGCAGAAUUUGGAUCCAUCGAGUCGCCGUGUCCAUAUUUAGUUGUCUUUGCACGCCAUCAUGCUUUGGCUCCUGCGUGGACUAUUCGCUGUGACGUUGAUCAACAUGUCAGACGGCGUGAGCCGGGACCUGGUCGUGUCCCAGAAGCCGCGGUUCUACGGCAUCAGACCCGGUCGCUUCGUGGCCGUCUACUGCGUGUCGUCCAAGCAGCACCUGGCGGCCCACGUGGUCUGGUACAAGGCCUCCGAGUACGACGUUGCCGUAUCCGAGAGGCGGAUGCUGCAGGGAGCCAUCACUCGGCACAAGGAUCUGACCCGGAACGCCUUCCUCAUCCUCGCCGAUUUAUCCGUGGAGGACAGCGGCGUUUACUUCUGCAACAUCAACGACACGUGGGGGGCGGGGACUCAGCUGCAGGUUGCCAGGCCCGUGAACCGAGCCCGGGCCGUGUACCAAAGCAAGAUGAAGGACGGCCUCAUCGUCACGCAAGCGCUGAUGCUUUCCGUCUUUGCCGCCACGUUAGUUCGACGCAACCACAAAUUGCUGAAACAACGAGAGAUCAUCUACGAGGAGCCCGACAUGGAUCACAUCUACGAGGGCUUGGUCUUGGAGGGGAACGAAGGCGACCUGUACGAGGACCUGUCCGUCUACGCCCGGGCCACCGAAGUCACCGAGGCCCCGUGGGAAUGACGCCGACCUUUCACCUUGAGCAGAGGUCGUCUUGUCUGCUGUGUCUACAACAGGAAGUGCUUUUAUUUCACACAUUCAAGUUGUUACUGCUGGUAGUUGUGUAUUUUCAUCUAUGUAGAUUAAUUACCCUGAAUAUUAUGGUUUGUAAUAACUCCAUUA